UUUGAGCUAAAAUCUAAAUUUACAAAAAUGUAGGCAUAACAUUUUACAAUUAGUCUGCAUAAAAAUCAUAUAAAAAUAUGUCAUGUUUUUGCGAUCAAAAACGGUUACACCACAAAUAAUAUCGAUGUGCGAAAAAUUCGAAGGCAAUCGAUUGUAAGCAUUUAAAUCAAGUCGCAGACCCAUUAAUAUCAGUUUAGCUUUGACGAUGGCUACAACGGCAGCGGUAUCUGAGGGACUUGGUGACCUGGUGUCCCAGUACCUGGAGAAGGGAAUAGUGCUGAUUAUUGCCGACUUGCUCAGUUUAAUAACAGUAUCAUCCUGCCUGGUUAUUAAGGUACCUCAAAUAAACACCAUACGCGAGAACAAAUCCUCAAAAGGUAUUAGUGUGCUUGGAUUAUGUCUGGAACUAUUCAGCUACACGGUGAUGAUGUCCUACAAUUAUACAUCGGGCUAUGAUUUUCUCUCGUAUAUGGAAUACCCUGUAUUAUUGCUUCAGGAAUAUGUGCUCAUCUAUUAUGCUUUCAAGUAUCAGGAUCUGCUUGGCAAGCGUACACAGAUAUUUGCCGUUUUCUAUGCAACGAUAGCGACGCUUAUAUACCUAAAACUCUUUCCCAUUAUCAUCCUUACGUUCCUAGUGCCAUUCUGCACACCCAUCGGAGCCACGAGUAAAGUACUGCAACUGAUUGCCAUACUGCGUACCAAGGAUGCCAGCUCCGUUAGCCGCACAACAUGGGCACUAUCCGCCUUCACUAACAUGACCCGCAUAUAUACGGUGUACGUGCAAUCCCAUGACGUGAUGCUGCUUUCAAAUUUCCUGAUAUCCACGUUCCUCAGCUCUGCUGUCUUUGUUGCAGCCUGUGUGUACAAGAAAAAAACAAAGACGGCAUAAAGUCACUACAAAUAGUGACAGCUCCGAUAUCCACAAUACGGAUCUACAAAAAAACACAAAGGACUCGUGAUCACAAUUUUUGUAAUCAGCCAUUUUACUAUUAUUUCAAAUUAUAAAUUUAAGCAAAUAUAUAUGCUUCGAAAGUCA